UACUAACAAUUUGACAGCUCUUUCCGUUUCCUUUUUCGCGUGCGCCGUCAUCAUGAGAGCCAAGGGAUUGUUGAAGGAAUACGAGGUCGUUGGUCGCAAGCUGCCCAGCGAGAAGGAGCCACAGACGCCUCUGUACAAGAUGCGCAUCUUUGCACCCGAUAAUAUUGUGGCCAAAUCUCGCUUCUGGUACUUUUUGCGCCAGCUGAAGAAGUUCAAGAAGACGACCGGCGAAAUUGUGUCCCUUAAGCAGGUGUACGAAACAUCGCCAAUUAAGAUCAAGAACUUUGGCAUCUGGUUGCGUUACGAUUCGCGUUCGGGCACCCACAACAUGUACAGGGAGUACAGGGAUCUGACCGUUGGCGGUGCCGUCACACAGUGCUACCGGGACAUGGGCGCUCGUCAUCGUGCCCGUGCCCAUUCCAUUCAGAUCAUCAAGGUGGAAUCGAUUGCCGCUGCGAAGACACGUCGUGUGCACGUCAAGCAGUUCCACGAUUCGACCAUCAAGUUCCCGUUGGUGCAGCGCGUCCACCACAAGGGUAACAGGAAACUGUUCUCGUACAGAAAGCCAAGGACAUACUUCCAGUAAGGAGUAGGAGGAUCACAAAAUAAUCCUCUUCGUUGUGGAAUUAACGCACUGCGUGCGUUUUGUGGUUUUCAAAUUCUUUCUUAAGUGAUUCUUUCAAUAAAAUGAGUACGUUGAAGAGUAAA